AUGUCCAACGCCUUGAAUGCUCAUCUGUGGAGUUGCAUUGCCUUCCCAGAUAGUCAACAAAGGGCCGUCUUCCAGAGAGACUUUCAAAACAUAGCUCAAUUGACUAAUGUCGUUGGAUGUGUUGACAGCAUGUUUAUUCCAAUAAAGGUCGGUUUGGGUACCGAAGCAGGUAUCAGUGACGUAGAUUACGGGUGCCAGUACAUAUUAAUGGUGGUGGUGUGUGGUCCGCAGUUCCAGAUCAUCAGUGUCAUGGUCCAUUUCUGCUGUCAUGAAUAUGACUGGCAAAUAUUUCGCGGGAGUGCGCUCUGUAACACCAUCGAAGUGGGAGAGUUAGGGGACGCUGUUUUUCUAGUCGAUGAGUAUUAUCCAAUUGUGCCUAACCUCCUCAGGCCCAUAGAUGAACCUCAGGAUGAAUCCGAAGUGCUCUUCAACUUGUCGCACUAUGUGACGCGUCAGGUCACUAGCGGGAUGUUCCACGCACUGACACGCAGGUUCCCGUGUCUCAAGAUUCAGAUGGAGCCCAUACCGCCCACUAAUCUGAAAGCUGUAGUGGCGUGCAUCAUCCUGCAUAACCUGAGUCUUCGAUACUCUUCUCCCCUACCAAGCAGUGAGGCUGCGCUGGACGAGCACCUCUACUAUAAUGAUAUCCGUCAACAAGUGUACCACUCAGCCACCAAGGAGGAGUGA